GUCGUAUUAGCAGCGUCAAUAUGCACAAAAGCCGGAAAACCGGUCAUCUCUCGACAAUUCCGCGAAAUGACCAGAGCUCGUAUCGAAUCCCUCCUCGCGUCAUUCCCAAAACUCAUUCCAGCUGGCUCACAACAUACUUCCAUCGAAACUCCCGAAGUCCGCUAUGUCUACCAACCACUCGAAGAGCUCUACAUCCUCCUCAUCACGAAUAAGGCGUCAAACAUACUUCAGGAUAUUGAUACCCUUCACUUGUUUGCUCGUGUCGUGUCGGACAUGUGUCGAAGUGCUGAAGAGCGAGAGAUCUUGAGGAAUGCAUUCGAGCUCCUUGGUGCUUUCGAUGAGAUUGUCAGUUUGGGGUACCGUGAGCAGAUUAAUCUCAUGCAGGUUAGGAACGUGCUUGAGAUGGAGAGUCAUGAGGAGAAAAUCCAAGAAAUCAUUGCUCGAAACAAAGAAGCAGAAGCGAAGGAAGAGCUCAAGCGUCGUGCAAAACAACUCGAGAUGCAGCGUCGUGAACAGCAGCGACGCGCAGCAGCUGGUGGUGGUGUUGGCGGAGGAAGUGGGUUCGGCGGAGGGAUGGGGAGCGGUGGCAUGGGUGGUUACUCGCCCGUCCCGCGCUAUGAAGCACCGUCUCCCCAGCCUGCACGCACAUCAUCUCCUGCACAAAUUUCGCUUCGUGCUCCCGCAUUCAAGGGUUCGGGUAUGAAAUUGGGUAGUAAAAAGAAGACAGCAGAGCUGCUUGAUGCACUAGGUGGUGAGGCGAUAAUACCACAGGAAGAAUUGUCUGCGCCUGCUACACCUGCAAUCCCUGCUCCCGACCCGUCUUCCGUUAUCAGCGCGCGUGGAAGUCUACCUGCCGUUACUCCAGAAGGAGUGCACGUCGUGAUUAAAGAACACGUCUCUCUCCAACUCCUCCGCGAAGGUGGACUCAAAUCAAUGGAAGUCAAAGGCGACAUGAACCUCCAAGUCUCCGAUCCAGCUCAAUCGAAAGUGAAACUCGCACUCGCACCGAUCUCCUCUGACUUCAACACCGGUGCGGGCGGUGACUUGCAAUUCAAACAACACCCGAACGUCGCGAAGUUCGCACCGACGGGUGAUAAAGUUGUAGCGUUGAAGGACCCGAGUAGGGCGUUCCCUGUUGGUCAGAGCCUUGCGGUGUUGAAGUGGAGGUAUGCGGGGAAGGAUGAGAGUCUUGUUCCGCUUUCUAUAAACUGCUGGCCGACGCCCUCAAACGAUGGAACUUGUGAAGUGAACAUCGAGUACGAGCUAGAGAACGACAAGCUCGCAUUGCACGACGUUGUCAUCUCCAUUCCUCUCCCCACUGGUUCCUACCCAACAGUCUCCCAACACACCGGCACCUGGUCCCUCAACGCAAGCACACACUCCCUCGACUGGUCAAUCCCACUCAUCUCAUCCUCAGAUGAAGAAGAAUCACGUACAGGUACACUGGAAUUCGCCGUCGGCGGGGACGACGCAUCCACUUUCUUCCCUGUACGCGUUGCGUUCCUUGCUCAGGGGAGUCUGGUAGGGAUGGGCGUGGAGAAUGUAAGUCUUGUAGAGAGUGGGGAGAGUAUCGAGUUUAGUCAGGAUGUGAGUAUUGAGGCGGAUGAGUAUGUUGUUGUGUAG